AUGAUCCAGUAUGCUACAAAGAAAGGAGAUAUUGAACUGGUUAAGAAGAUUUAUGAUUCCACUCAGGUUCCAUUCAAGCGACUCGACAAACACAGCUAUUUCAGAUCAACCCAGACUAUUGACAAUGCCAUGAUGAUUGCCUAUUCUCGCUCAAAGAACUUCCCUAUGGCUAAGCAGUUUUACAACAAGAUCCGUCAACAAACCACGUUCCCUAAUGCCGAUGCUUAUGGUGCUUACCUUGUGUGUGUCUGUGAAAAUACCGCUGAUGAAUUUGCCGAGUCCAUGAAUAUCUAUGAGGAAGCCAAGCUAAACGGUGUCCGCCCAACUGUCUAUUUUUACAAUGUCAUUAUUUCCAAGCUGGCCAAGUGCCGCAAGGGAGACACCGCCCUGAGCCUGUUUGAUGAAAUGAAGAACUUUGGAAUUACUCCCAAUUCUAUUACUUAUGCAAGUGUUGUAUCUGCCUGUGUUCGCUGCAGUUUUGAAACAAGUGCUGUCAAGUACUUUAACGAGAUGUUACGUUCUCCCAACUACCAGCCCCGUAUUGGUGUGUUCAAUAGCAUGAUCCAGUUCUACGUCCAACAGCACCCAAAUCGUGAAAAGGCCCUCGAGUAUAUGCGCCUCCUCAACCAGAACAUGCUCAAGCCUACUGCCCACACUUACCGCUUGCUGAUUGAAGCAUACGCCAACAUUCCUGCCUAUGAUAUGAUUACUGCCCAUGGUUUUAUUGCUGAGAUGCAGAAGCAUGGUGUUCAACCUAAUGCCAGCCACUACGCCACUCUUAUUCAAUCUUAUGGCUGUCUGCACCGGGAUGUUUCCUCGGCCAUGGCUGUUUACAACGAGAUGAAGAAGGCUGGCGUACCGGCUGAUAAUACCGUCCACCAAGUUCUUUUGAGUACCUUUAUCGAGAAUAAUGAAGUUUCUCGAGCUGAGGAAUAUUACCAAAACAUGUUGGCCAGUGGGAAAUCCUCGUCACCUUACAUUGAAAACCUGUUUAUCACAUGCUAUGGCGAACAAAAGCAGCUUGAUAAGGCCGAAGCUGUGUUCGGAAAAAUGGUAGAUCAUGCAGCCGGUUCUAAAAGUGUAGUCCGUGAACCAAGCACAUAUAUUGCUAUGGUGAACGCUUACCAGGCAAACAACGCCCGCGACAAAGCGCAGGAGGUUGUAGAACAGAUGCGUGCUCGUCAGCUACCAGUUAAGCUGAUAAAGCGUGUUCAGGAAUUGAUAUAA